AACAGCGACAGCAGUGGCAUCUAUCAACACCAUCAGCAAGAGCAACAUGUUCCAAAUAUGCUAAUUAAUAGUCAAAUAUAUAAAUUAUUAACAAAUGGCAAUAGCAGCAGCAGCAGUAGCAGUCAAUUGCCUAGCUCAUUAUUGGCUAGCAAUUCUGGCCUUAAAUUAAGGCAAAGCUAUGUCAUUGAGUCCUAUGAAGUGCCAGAUAGUCAGCGAAAUCGCCGAGAUGGCCAGCAUCGCCAUCGUCAACGUCCAUGGCUACGUCCGCAUCAUCAUCAUCAUCAUCAGCAACAGCAACAGCAGCAGCAGCUCCAUCAGCAGCAGCAGCAACACCACCAACAACAACAACAACAUCGUCAACAGCAACGCAAACAUCAACGCAAACAUCGCGGACGUCAAAGACCCGGACGAUAUUGCUCAGCCCGUGAUCCUGCACAAUUGGCAUUUGUUGCACCCACAGUUUUUCAGGGCACUUUCACAUCGAUGUCAGCCGAUCGGCGUGUGAAUUUCUCGGCGACAAUGAAAGUCCUUCAUACAUAUAAACAGCAAACGGACUUGCAAUUGCCACAACUGGUGAGAUUACAAUUCGCCAUGCCAAAUACAAGCGGCGGUGAAUGUGAUAUCUAUCGCGAGAAAUUAAAGCCACGCGGUCUACUUAGAUCGGGCAAUGAUCUAGAACAGGCAUCGGAUAUCUCCUACAUGAUGUUUGUGCAACAAACCAAUCCAGGCAAUUUUACCAUACUUGGUCAACCGAUACGUGUUACACAAUCAGUGAUGGAUUCGGUGAAAAUGGCUGUGAGUGAAAAUUAUGCACAGAACGCAUCGAUUACAUCGAUAACGAUCAAAACUCCCAGUAAUACGACAACCAUUGAUCAUGGUCAGGAGUUGAGAAUUAUAUGCAAAGUGUCGGGUCAACCGCCGCCGAAGGUUACUUGGUUCAAGGAUGACAAGUCCAUAAAUCGCAAUCGCCAUGUAUAUCAAUUCAAGCAUCACAAAAGACGUUCCGAGCUAAUUGUGCGCUCCUUUAAUAGUUCCUCCGAUGCGGGCAAAUAUGAGUGCCGGGCCAAGAAUAAAGCCAGCAAAAUCAUUGACAAGCGACGCAUCAUGAUCAAUGCCCGACCAGUUGCCACGCGGCCGGACUUGGAUUCAGCUAAACCCUGCGACAAGGUUAUAUCCGAUUAUUGUUUUCACGGUGGCACCUGUAUGCUGAUACCAAGUCUGAGUGAUUUAUUUUGCAUUUGCCCGGAUAAUUUCUUUGGUAAACAGUGCGAGAACAGCGUUCCAGAUAGUACCACCUAUCACAUUGGACAGCGUCAUCGGCAUCGGCGUUGGCAUUGGCGGCGGCGACGGCGUGAAGGUCCUCCGAAGAUGUCACCUGUUCAUCCUUUUGAAUCGAGAAUGCUAAUUCACCAAAUGCUGAAUUAUGUUUGAUUUGCAUAUUGAAACAAUAAAUAUGGAAAAUGGAUCUCAUGCUUAGUUUUUAGUUUAGAUCAAGGCUCUAAUUACAAUAAAAAUUUAAAGGUUUCUUUGCAAUCAAA